UGGCGGCGUCCAUGUAUCAAGUGAACAUUCUUCAUACCUUGCUUCCUUGCUGCCGCUAAAGUCGGCUUACGGCGUAUUCGCGCCUUUAAUGUAUCCGGUGAAUAUAUCCUGAAGCAAGGCUCUCUCCAUCAUUUCAUAUAAGGAUGUCAGAAGCAAGGAGUGCUUCCAAGAAGAAAAGCCUGGGAAGUGAGCCUGAUGUUGACAAAGACAUGGAUCACAAGUCCUUGGAGCCUGAUUUAGAAUCAUCACAUGUCAAGAAUGACAAAGGAAGCAGCAGCAUCAAGCAAGACAAGCCAGAUGAAGCAGAAGUCAAACUAAAUGAUGACAAGGAACAACCAUUUGAACAUGAAAAGGCAGCCUUCUCCAGUCGCCUCCCUCCUGAUCAAAUCACUCCCGAAGAAGCUCAAGCAUUUCCAGCCAUUGCUCAGGGUCCACCACAAAGUCAAAAAACAUAUUUACAUGUGCGCAACUCAAUUCUUCAUCUGUGGAUUGCAAAUCCAAAGCAGCAACUCACAGUUGAAAAGGUUCUUCUGCACAUGAAACCCCCCUUGAAUAGUGAUGGUCCUCUUGUGAUGAGAGUUCACUCAUACUUGCAGCGUUAUGGAUACAUAAACUUUGGAAUCUUCAAAAGGGUCAGUAUGUUACCCAAGGAGAAGCAUGGAAAAAUUAUUAUUGUAGGUGCUGGAAUCUCUGGUCUUAUCGCAGCUCAGCAACUUCAACAAUUUGGUAUGGAAGUAAUUGUUCUUGAAGGCAGAGAAAGAGUAGGUGGUCGUAUUGCCACAUUUCGCCGUGGUCAUUAUGUGGCUGAUCUUGGUGCAAUGGUUGUCACUGGACUUGGAGGCAACCCAAUUGAAAUCAUGUCAAGGCAGAUUAACAUGGAACUACAUGCCAUUAGGCAGAAGUGUCCCCUGUAUGAAGCAAGUAGCACUGGAACUGUCCCAAAGGAGAAGGAUGAAAUGGUUGAACGAGAGUUCAAUAGAUUGCUGGAAGCUACAUCAUAUAUCUGUCAUCAUCUAGAUUUCAAUCAGGUCAAUGGAAGACAUGUGUCUUUAGGAGAAGCUCUUGAGUGGGUCAUCAAAUUGCAAGAGAAAGCAGUAAUGGAUAGACAAAUUAGACAGUGGAAGCAGAUCGUGGAAAAACAGGAGAAGCUCAAAGAAGUUCUGGGAAAGGUACAGAAGCUCCAUGAUAAUGUCUUUGAAAUUGAUACAUCUUUGAAAGAACUGGAAGCCUCAUCCAAGGAUGAGGAACAAGAAUUUCAGCAUCGUUUGAAGGGUUAUUACAUCAAACAGGCCUUGGAAGAACUUAGAAACUUGGAAUCUCAGCAGAAAGAGUUUGAGACUCAGUUACAGGAAUUAGAGAAUUCUCCACCAUCGGAUGUGUACUUGUCUUCACGAGACCGCCAAAUAUUGGAUUGGCAUUUUGCUAAUCUUGAGUUUGCUAAUGCAACUCCUUUAAAUAACCUAUCCCUGAAACACUGGGACCAGGAUGACGAACAUGAGUUCACUGGGCCACAUCUGACUGUAAGAAAUGGAUAUUCUUGUGUUCCUCUAGCCCUCUCUGAAGGUUUGGAUUUGCGUUUCAACUGUGUGGUGAAACAAAUUAAAUAUACUUCAGAAGGAGUUGAAGUGACUGCUCACAAUUCUCGAAAUCCUCAUCAAGCACCUCAAGUCUUCAAGGGUGAUGCAGUUCUUUGCACCAUUCCUUUAGGAGUACUGAAACAUUCCCUCCGUCAGUACAACUCCUCUUCAGUCAGUGUUCAGUUUGUACCACCACUUCCACAGUGGAAAAUAGAAGCCAUUAAUCGAGUGGGCUUUGGAAAUCUGAACAAAGUUGUUCUCUGCUUUGAUAGGUUUUUUUGGGAUCCUAGUGUACAUCUUUUUGGACACGUGGGAAGCACUACUGCCAGUCGUGGGGAACUUUUCCUCUUUUGGAGUGUGUACAAAGCACCUGUUUUGAUUGCUCUUGUUGCAGGAGAGGCAGCACAAGUGAUGGAAAAUGUCAGUGAUGAUGUGAUUGUCAAUCGGUGCAUGACAGUACUUCGACACAUACAUGGUCAAAGCAUUCCAAACCCAAAAGAUACUGUUGUCACAAGGUGGAGAGCAGAUCCCUUUGCUCGUGGAUCAUAUUCAUUUGUGGCUACUGGCUCGUCUGGAGAGGAUUACGACCUCCUUGCUCUCCCUGUGUCGCCAAUUUCUGAGAGUGAGGAUACCAGAGAUUCCCCUCGUGUCUUCUUUGCUGGUGAACACACUAUGCGAAAUUACCCUGCAUCUGUACAUGGUGCAUUACUUAGUGGUCUCCGAGCAGCAGGCAAGAUUGCUGACCAGUUUCUGGGUUGCCCAUAUGCUGAAUCUAAUAUUGAUGAAAAAAUGUCUGUGAAGAAAUUGAGCCGAGAAUAA